AUGGACCUUUCCAGACCCCGAUGCAGACAUUGGAGGGAGCUGGUUCUCCUAGCCAGUCUACUGGCCUGUGGGAUCCGCCAAGCCUACAGCCAAAUCUCCAUAGACCCAGAAUCACUCUUAGGAAUCAAGGGAUUUCGGACCAUCCUGGUCCUCCAGAAUGUCCCCCAGGAUGUUCAAGAAUACAGCUGGCACCGAGGCACAAAUGACACUGCAGAAAAUAUGAUUGUCAGCUACACACCUCCCUCCGAAACCUGGCAGUCUGGGCCCAUGUUCAGUGGACGGGAGAAUGUGACCAGGACAGGUAGCCUGGUGAUCAGGAGGUCUGCAUUAAAUGACACAGGGAAUUAUACCGCGAGGGUGGACUUUGGCAACAGGACCGAGAAAGCAACAGGCUGCCUCAGUAUUCAAGAGUUGGAAAAUAAGCCGGGCAUCUGGGCUAACGCCAGCUCUGUGGUAGAAUAUAUGGAUCCUGUGGCCGCCAUUUGCUAUACCAAUGCCACCAAUGUCAACUGGUAUGUGGAGUACACACAGGUAUCCAGCAAUGACCGGAUGACAAUCUCCCCGGACCUCAAGACCCUCAUCAUCCACAGGGUCAGCCGCUAUGACAAAACACUUCAGUGUGAAACAGAAAGCAUUCCAGAGUUUCCUCGGAGAAGUGAACCUCUCUCUCUCUCCGUGGACUAUGGGCCAGACAACGUGCAGCUGAGAACCAGUCACAGCAUCUUAAAUGGCAUCUUGUCUGCUGAGAUCGGCUCCCAAGUACACAUGGAGUGUAAAGCCACUUCCCGACCCAGUCCCAAGUACCACUGGACCCACAACGGCUCCCUCCUGAGCCUCUCAGGGGCAAAAAUCAUCCUCCCAAGUCUGGCCUGGGAGCAGAUGGGCAGAUACAGAUGCAUCGUGGAGAACCCCAUGACUCAGCUGGCCAUGUACAGGGAAUUUCAGAUCCAGGUGCAUAGAUCGGACCACAGUCAUGUUGUGAACAGAGGCUUCUACAUCUCAGGAGCCAAAGUGGUGUGGCUCAUCGUGAUAACAGUCCUUAGCAGCAUCUAUCUCUGCGGAAUCCUGAUCUAUAUGUUGAUCAGCCAUCUCUCCACCAGGUGCCUGUUGCCCUGGGUCAAGGGUGGGGUGCUGGCUGGGGGCUGGGUCUCAAGAGCACUGCCCUAA